AUGGCUUCAAACGAAUCGACAGAAAUAGAAAAGAAUCCUUAUGCGUAUCUCGAAAGGAACGACUUUACAUCGGAGAAGUAUAAAAUUGAGGUACAUGGUUUACCAAAGUAUUACGGAAUAGGUGAAUUUAAAAAGCUUUUAAAUGAAAAGCUAGACCUACAGUCGUGUAAGAUAAAACCUCCGAAACGGAGUAGCGGGUGGCUUUAUGUGUCUUUUAGAAACGAGGAAAGUCGCCGGAAAGCUAUAGAGACAUUAAAUGGGAUUUUAUGGAAAAAUUGUAAGCUCAGUGCACAGAUUGCGAAACCUGCACCAGACCCAUUUGUAAAAAGGAGACUGGAAGAAGAGACUACAAAGAAACGCUUGAAAUUACACGAAGAUGAUCAAAAUAUAUCCAUAGAAGAGAAAGUUAAAUUAACUACAAUUCCUCUUUGGAAUAUGCCUUAUCCAAAUCAAUUGGAACUGAAGCAAAAAGAAAUGCAUUCGAUUUUAUCAACCAUUUGUAACCAAAUGUUGAAAGAAAGCAAAGGUGAACUGUUAGAGUGGUUAAAUCACCAAAAGACUAAAUAUCAAGGACUACCUUGUGAAUUGCUUCCUAUUUUGAGUACAGACACAAUCACAGAAUACAGAAAUAAAUGCGAAUUUACAGUUGGUAAAGGAGAGAAAGAGAAUGCAGUUGUAAUAGGAUUCAGGUUAACCAGUUAUGCAGCUGGUUCCACAGCGGUGGGGCCCAUUGACAAUCUUUGUCACAUUCCUAAUAAAAUGAAAGUCGUGGUUAAAGUGCUCGAAGAAUUCAUGAAAAACACUGAAUUAAAACCUUUUCAUCCAGUUGAUCAUAGUGGAUACUGGAGACAAGUCACCGUCAGAACCACUCUCCGCGAUGAUCUGAUGGUGAUAGUGGGAAUACACCCUCAAACUUUGAGCCCGGAGAAAUUAGAGGAAUUAAAGUCACAAUUGAAAGCAUUUUUUGAAACUGGGAAUGGUGCACAAGCAAGGGUGACAUCGUUGUACCUUCAGAUAAUGAAACUAAAAAGCGUCAACGAAAAAAAUGAAAACAAUUUUUAUCACAUUAGCGGAACGAAAUACAUAGAGGAAACGUUGUUUGGCAUGAAGUUUCGCAUAUCUCCUCAAGCGUUCUUUCAAGUGAACACAUCAGGUGCUCAGGUGUUGUACAAAGCAGCGAUCGACUUGGCAAAACCGACCACAGACACCGCGCUCCUCGAUAUUUGUUGCGGUACCGGAACGAUCGGCCUCGCAUUUUCAAAGCAUCGUACGGAUAAGAAACAGACGCGUAUACGAUUUCAGUAUUGCGGCGAGGUGUUUGGGUUGGAAAUGAUAGAGGACGCUAUCAAAGAUGCCAAAGAAAAUGUCGUCGCGAACAAAAUAUCAAACUGUGAAUUUUUUGUCGGCAAAGCCGAGGAUGUUUUGUCUCCUGUAAUUCGGAGAACUACCAAACCCGAUAUUAUUGCUGUCGUGGAUCCACCUCGAGCCGGACUUCAUCAGAGAGCGUUGUUAACCAUGCGCAGGGCAAAAAAAUUGUCGAGGUUGAUAUAUGUAUCUUGUGAUCCUCGGGCAGCUGCAAAAAAUUUAGUAGAUCUAUCCAGGCCCGCCUCGAAGCAGUACAUCGGCGAGCCUAUGGUGCCGAUAAAAGCGGUCGCUGUAGAUAUGUUUCCGCACACCAAACAUUGCGAAUUAGUUCUAUGUUUGGAAAGGUUAUCCGUAGCUAUGAAAUCGCGGACUGAUUCUACAGAGCGAUAA